GGCCAGAGAGAGAGCGAGUUUCGCGAGCUGUGGCUUCCGCGAAGCGAGCGAAUUCUGGAUACCAUAGUGGCGACGGACUCGUCAAUCGUGUGCCUGCAGGAGUGCUGGCUGUCGCACCCCGAGUGGGUUCGCCUCUUCGAUUCAUCUCUCCGUGCUGCUGGUUACCGCACGCUCAAACUGCCCAGAACCAACAACCGGGGCGAUGGUCUCAUGAUAGCAGUGAAGCAGGACCAGUGUGGCACGUGGUGGACUACCAGCAGCUGCUCUUCCACGAUUGUGGGGACCGCGUUGCUCAGAUCGUACGGCUGAGAUCCAAGGGGCGCCUGGGGGGCAGGCCGGGGCGGGAAGGGAGUGAGGGAGCGGAGGGAGAGGAGGAGGAUGUGCUGGUGGUGAACACGCAUCUGCUGUUUCCGCAUGACGCCAACUCCAACAUCAUCCGCCUCUGCCAGGUGUACAAGCUGUUGGAGCGAGUGGAGCAGUGCCGGACAGAGCAGGCUGGCAGACCGGCGCCUGUCAUCCUGUGCGGCGAUCUCAACGGCACCAAGGAGGGCAACGUGUACAAGCUGCUGCGAUCGCAGGGCUUCCUUUCCUCCUAUGACACGGCGCACCACCUCAAUGACGUGGACGAGACGUGGGUGAGUCAUCGCAGCCAUAGAGGGGACGUGUGUGGGGUGGACUAUGUGUGGAUGCUCAACGCCCGCACGCCCAUGAGCAAUCCCGUCUUGAACUGGCGCAAGGCCGUGUUUGGGUUGAUCAAGUCCAAGCUGCUAGCAGCAGGGAUCACGGACGCACGUCACGCGUUUCAGUUCUUUGCGACAGCAGGCGACACGUCCCCGUUUGAACACACCGUGUGUUUCACCUCGGACCCAAACGCCACCGACGCUGCUGACGUCAGCAUGGACUUCGGGCAACAGCAGAAUGAUGACCCAGCGACCGAGGAGCAGGAGGUGGAGGAGGUGGAGGAGGAUGAGGAGGAUGAGGAGGCGUGGAGGUGGGUCGUUGGACUGGGGCAAGUGUCACCUGGGAAGGGUAACUGGGCCAGGUGGGUCGUUGGACUGGGGCAAGUGUCACCUGGGAAGGGUAACUGGGCCAGGGUGGGGUCGGACACGGACGGUGACGGGUGGGCGGACUUCAACGAGUUUCAUACUUGUGCCAAACCUACAUGCUUCCCUGCUCUCUCUUUCCCCACUCUCCCAUCCGUCCAGCUCGGUCUCACGGGAGACAACUCUAUAUGGCUGACGGAGGUGGAGGUGGCAGAGCUGAUGCAAGGCGCAGACACGGAUGGGGAUGGGUGGCUUGGACUCACGGGGGAUAAUUCAAUAGGGCUAACCGAAGUUGAGGUUGCAGAGCUGAUGCAAGGGGCGGACAUAGACGGGGACGGUUGGGUGGACUUCAACGAGUUUCAGGACAUGUUCCAGCAGCCCACGUGGGACUCGCGGGUCGAUACCCUCAAGCAGUCCAUGGCUGCUUCGCUUGCUGCCUCCCUCGCCGCCGCUUCUGCUGCUGCUGCUGCUGCUGCUGCCCCUGGUUCCGCCGCCUCUCCUUCUGUCACUGCUGCUGCUGCCGGCACUGCUGCUGUUUCUGUCAGUGCUGCAACUUCUGCUGCUAGCCCCUCUGCUGCAUCCUCACCACAACAGCAGAAGCAGCAGCGCUGGGAGGAGAAGGAGCAGGCAGUGCUGCAAGGGGAGCAGCCGUAUUGGGAGAGCCGCAGGGGGCUCAAUGUGGAGGGGGAGGCGGGCCAGGGCACCAACCGCUGUAGAGACGCCAGCGGUGCUGUUGGUGAUGCUGAUGCUGGUGGUGCUGCUGUUGGUGGUGCUGCUGGUGUUUCUGUUGAUGCUGCCGGUGCAGGUGCAGCUAAGGAAGUUACUGGUGGUGCAGCAAGUGUUCAGGCAGGAAAUGAACAGGUGGAGGAGUGUGAAAUAGAGGGGAGCGAUGGGGGGCUGAGUCUGGCGGUGGUGAAGGCGUCGUUGUUCCCGCCUGAGAUGGAGGAGGGGAGGUGGCCGGAGGAUUAUACGCUGUCAGAUCAUGCGGUGCUGACUGUGAUGUUUGGGAGGGAGAGAGUGGAUGAAGUGAGCAAGUGA